AUGGCUAACGUAGGUUAAUUGUUUCAUUUGGCAAGUGCGGUUUUUUUUUGUUUUUGAAGGUUUUUACGAAACAGUCAUUCAUUGCGUGCCUUUCUUCCAUCACAAACCAAUAUCAACAAAGAUCAGAAAAACCAGUUGAACUGCCAGAUGGUGGUAUAACUAGUUUCAUUUAUUAUCUUCGCGAAGAAUUCCGAAAACUUCAUGCAAAAUGUGUUGCAAUGCUUCUACCAAACAAUCAACCAAAUUUAAGUAUUGUCAAUUAUUUGAGACUGGAGCGAAGAAUAUAUAGAUUGCGCGUUCUUGAAGAAGAAAUUUACACACAACUGGGACGCAUCAAUUUAGAAACUUCUGUGGAUAUCAACGCCAAUUUGGAAUUUUCUUGA